GCCGACCCGGAUGCGCUUUGCUUUCCCCGGCCUGCCUGUGUGAGGCGACGGUGCCGCCGACAGUAACAGCAGAGGCGGCGGCCGGCAGCAGGGGAGGCGGGGACCGAAGAUGGCCGAGUCCCCAGAGGAGGUGGCGGUGCUGGUGCAGCGGGUGGUGAAGGACAUCAACAAUGCCUUCAAGAGGAACCCCCACAUUGAUGAAAUCGGAUUAAUUCCUUGCCCGGAAGCCAGAUAUAACCGAAGCCCUAUAGUCUUGGUAGAAAACAAACUUGGAGUGGAAAGCUGGUGCGUCAAGUUUCUGUUGCCUUAUGUUCAUAACAAGCUUCUUCACUAUAGACAACGAAAACAAUGGCUGAACAAAGAAGAAUUGAUAGAUAUUACAUGUACGCUGCUGCUGCUAAAUCCAGACUUCACUACUGCUUGGAAUGUCAGGAAAGAACUAAUACUAUCUGGCACUUUAAAUCCAGUUAAAGAUUUACAUCUUGGGAAACUGGCGCUAACUAAGUUUCCGAAGAGUCCAGAAACUUGGAUUCACAGACGAUGGGUGCUGCAACAACUAAUUCAGGAAAACUCCUUGCCCACUCUUGUGAUUAAAGGGAAUUUGGAAAUGGCACCAACAGAAAGGAUACAACGAUUAGUAAAAGAAGAAAUGGAUGUCUGUUGUGAAGCUGCUGGGAGAUAUCCAAGCAAUUAUAAUGCCUGGUCCCAUCGCAUCUGGGUUUUACAACACUUGGCAAAGCUCAGUACAAAGAUUCUACUUGAUGAACUUUCUUCCACUAAACACUGGGUUUCCAUGCAUGUUUCAGACCAUAGUGGAUUCCACUACCGCCAGUUUUUAUUAAAGUCCUUGAUUGGCAGAACCGUGACUGACUAUACUGUUCAGAUGCAUAAUCAGCCAAACAAUCAACAAGCACCCAGUCUUCCAAAAGCUGAAGGAAAUAAUGAAGUGGAUGCUGCCUAUGUGGAAGAACAAAGGCCAGAUCACCCUUUUCUUCUAAAGGAAGAAGUAGAGCUCUGCACUGAUUUAAUUAAUAGUUAUCCAGGGCAUGAAACUCUAUGGUGUCACAGACGGCACGUGUUCUAUCUUCAGCACCACUUAAAGAACAAACUUGUACUUCUGAACACCCAGGCAGGGGCUGCAGACAGCAGCGAUGGAACUCUGAAUAACACUCACCCUGGUGGUGCCCUUGGUCAUGUGACUCAGGCCAUGGAUGUUGAUGGUUUGAUUGAAUUCAACAAACAAGGCUACACUCAAGAAAUCAAGCGGCUGAAACGUGCUCCUCUGCAGGACUCUGUCAGUCUGGAAGCAGAAUACAGAUUCACUGACCAGGUUCUAUCAACUUGCAGGGAUGUAGAACAGGCAAGGUUUGCUGGUGCAUACAGAAAAUGGCUGGGUUCUUUUCUAGGUCAGUGAAGGAGGAAAUUAAAAAAAACUGCAGGGUCCCUUGUUUAGUGCAAUAUUCUCUUUUUGAAACACAGGUGCACAUUAUGGCUCUUGGCACUUUCCACCCUUUUGAUGUUGUUGUCAGUGCUGGAACUUCAUCUGCAAUGAUGGCUUUAGUUUUAUAUAUAUAUACACACACACAUACAUUUUAAAAUAUCCUGGUUUUUAUUAAAGCUUCUUCUGCACUUACAUUUCUGUAUAGGAUAACUCCUUCUAGUUUUAGUACAAACUUGAAAACAAAUGCCCCUUAAAUUAAGAUGAAUAGAAAUUUUUAAGUAGAUAACCUAGGUGGGUUUCCUGACUAGAAGCAAGUUUGCUUUCAAAUCUCCCUUCUAUAACAAAUGCUCAAGAAGCACUCAGAGCCAUUGGCCAUUGAAGACAAACCAAUAAGCUGUGCAGAUUAGUUUUUGGCAAGAUUGAUUUUGAAUAAGAUAUUUUUUUGUUAUAUCAUUGCAUUGCCUUCAUUGCUCUACUGCUCUUCUGUAAGAAUUCAGGCUAUAGUUGACCUGUUUCCAGUGCACAUUUGAAUUGCUCUGAGGACAUUCCAGUACUAUAACUCAUUUUUGCAUUGUAGUGCCAGUGAAGUAUAGAUGAUACAAAAUAGAAGAGUUGUGAUAAGACUAUCAUAUCUCUGCCUUAUACACAUACACCAUGCAUCCACCAUCAGUUAUAUGGUUAUGUAAAACUCUUCAUUACAUAUCAUAUUUUUAUUUAUUUUCCUUUGUCAGUGUUAAUUAUGUGUAUUUCCAUAUGUAUUGUGAACACUACAGAUAUGUGCAGCUCUUCUUAAGUGUGACAUGCCAUAGACAAAUCAGUUCAGGUGUUUAGAAUUAAAAGAGGCUAAGGUAACUGGCCUUAUUGAGUUUAAACAAGAAAAUAAUGCCCUGUGGCUGUUCUGUCAUUGAGAAAGGACUGUUAUGUCCAGUCUCUUCUACCUAGCAGCCUUUUACCAUUAUGUUUAAAUCUAUCAAACAUAAACUGGGUGCAGAAGCAAUUAAUUUUCCUUCUUUUAGCGCUUUCCUACAUUUGGAAUUUUGAAACUAUUAUAGCGCUACCAUGAAACACUUUUUCUCUGUAUGUGUAGGUCCCAGCUCUGUUUCCCCCAAAGCUCACACAGGACUGAUGUGUGAGUGGGAUUCUUUGUUGAUGUCAGUUAGAGUAGCCUCAUUGUGUGUUUGGUGAAGGUUUGGCCUGGAGCACACCAAUAUGGAAAUUCUUUCUGUACAAGGAACACCUGAAUUGAACAGACACGACAGGAUUCCGUUUGUCAUGAUGAAGCCAAUGGUCCAUAUGUAUGCGUGUGCACAUUUUCUCAAAGCAUAUACUGCUCGUUUAGAAAUGUAUCAUUUUACAAUGUGCUUGCUAAAAUAAUAGUUUGAUCAGGUUUCUCACCCAAGCUGGGGUGGCUCCAAAUAUUGAAAUGUUUCCAUUCACAAUCUUUGUGCCUGUUUUCUUUGUACAAAGUGGAAAGCUGCAUACUGCUGCUUUUCUAGGUAAGAAACUAGUAAAGCUGUAGAGCAGCUUGAUUCUGUUGUCCUAAAGGGUGGCUUUUAUUGGGCAGCUUAAAUCUCAUGCAAGUAUUGGAACAAAUUAGUUUGCCAAAUGAAUAGUGACAUUUCUUUAGUAUCACGAAGCCUGUCUUUAAUUGGAGAGGCUUUGAAAUAAAAGGAACUGGCCACCCAGGAAAAAGAUCCCCUUCCUCCUCCCCCAGCAGAUAAAUAGUUUCUGGUUGUAGCUAACCCAUUCCCUGAAAGUAAAACGUUUCAGAUUUGAGUUUUUAAUGUACAGUUGGAUAGUACUAGAAAUACCAGGGUAAUACAGAGAAUAUUAUCUUCUAAUAUAGUUACAUUUUAUUUUUACAACAAUAUCAUAGGGCAUAGUUCACUAAGACUGGGGUUGGUGCAUCCCCCGUUUAUUUUGAAGGGGUCUUGUGUGAUUCACACACAAUUCAGAGAAGUAUGUGUAAUACCAGUCCAUAAUGGAUUUUAGUUUAUUUGUAGUCUCUCACUUUUUGCAUUCCUGCAGUUUAGCCAGAGAGAGAGAGAAGGAUAUGUGAAGUGGGGAUGCAAUAAAGAAUGUUGUUCAUGAUGGGCAGAUAAUUCCCUGUUUGCUCGAGCUGGAUUGAUUUUAUGAGAGCUUUCAAAGAUAAUAGUGAAACGUGAGUUGAAAUCCA